AUGCUGCGAAGCAUCACCUCCCGAUCCAUGCCCCGUGCGGCUUGGAGGGCCUCCACCCUUCCAUCCGCCUCGGCUCGCAUCGCAAAGCCAACCGCUUUCACCGCUUCGCUCAGGCAUUACCAGUCCUCCUCAAAAUCCGAACAGGCCAGCCCCGCGCCCGCAAAGCCCAGCGCUCCCACCGGCUCCGACACCUUCAUCAACACCACAAACGCCUACUACGCCGAAGAGAUGCACAAGCUCUGGAAGCAGGACCGCUCCUCCGUACACGCAUCCUGGGACGUCUACUUUAGCGGCCUCGCAAAGGGCCUCCCCUCCGAGCAGGCCUACCGCGCUCCGCCCACCCUCAUGCCCCUCCCCAUGGAGGCUCCCCCCGUCGACGUCUCCGGCUUCUCCGGUUCCACCCAGGCCGUCGAUGACCACCUCAAGCUCCAGCUCCUCGUCCGUGCCUACCAGGUGCGCGGCCACCGCAUCGCCCGCCUCGACCCCCUCGGCAUCCUCGACCCCGACCUCGACCCCAACGUCCCCGAGGAACUCAAGAUCGAGCACUACGGUUGGUCCGAGUCCGACCUCGACCGCAAGAUGCGCCUCGGUCCCGGCCUCCUCCCCAACUUUGUCGACUCGGGCAUCCAGGAGCUCACCAUCCGCGAGAUCAUCGACGCCUGCAAGCGCAUGUACUGCGGCUCCAUCGGCGUGCAGUACGUACACAUCCCCGACCGCGAAAAGUGCGACUGGCUCCGCAAGCGCAUCGAGACCCCCGAACCCUUCAAGUACUCGGUCGAGGAGAAGCGCACCAUCCUCGACCGCUUGAUCUGGUCCGACUCCUUUGAGCGCUUCAUCGCUUCCAAGUACCCCAACGAGAAGCGCUUCGGCCUCGAGGGCGGCGAGUCGCUCAUCCCCGGUGUAAAGACGCUCAUCGACCGCUCCGUCGAGCACGGCGUAGAGAGCGUCACCAUCGGCAUGCCUCACCGUGGCCGUCUCAACAUCCUCGCAAACGUCAUCCGCAGGCCCAUCGAGGGCAUCCUCCACCAGUUCGCCGGCAAGGAGGACGACGGCGAGGGCGGCGGAGACGUAAAGUACCACCUCGGCGCCAACUACGUCCGCCCCACCCCUUCGGGCAAGAAGGUCGCCCUCUCCCUCGUCGCCAACCCCUCCCAUCUCGAGGCAGAGGACCCCGUCGUGCUCGGCAAGACGCGUGCCCUUCAGGACUUCGCCAAGGACUCGGAGCACAAGACCUCCAUGGCGCUCCUCAUGCACGGUGACGCCGCUUUCGCCGGUCAGGGUGUCGUGUACGAGACCAUGGGCAUGUACAACCUGCCUUACUACGCCACCGGCGGUACCGUCCACAUCGUCGUCAACAACCAGAUCGGCUUCACCACCGACCCGCGCUUCGCUCGCUCCACCCCUUACCCCUCGGACAUUGCCAAGUCCAUCGACGCUCCCAUCUUCCACGUCAACGGCGACGACGUCGAGGCCGUCACCUUUGUCUCGCAGCUCGCCGCAGACUGGCGCGCCACCUUCAAGAAGGACGUCGUCAUCGACCUCGUCUGCUACCGUCGCCACGGCCACAACGAGACCGACCAGCCCUCCUUCACCCAGCCACGCAUGUACGCCGCCAUCGCAAAGCAGGACCCCACCCUCACAAAGUACGCCGCUCGCCUCGUCGAGGAGGGCAGCUUCACAAAGUCCGACAUCGAGGAGCACCAGAAGUGGGUCUGGGGCAUGCUCGAGGAGGCCUUUGACAAGAGCAAAAACUACCAAACCGAGGAGCGCGAGUGGCUCUCCAGCGCCUGGGAGGGCUUCCCCUCGCCCAAGGAGCUCCGCGAGCAGAUCCUCGACCACAAGGACACCGGUGUCAAGGAGGAAACGCUCAAGCACAUCGGCAAGACCGUCUCCACCUACCCGGAAGACUUUACCGUCCACCGCAACCUCGGCCGCAUCCUCAAGACGCGUCUCAAGACCGUCGACGAGGGCAAGAACAUCGACAUGAGCACCGGUGAGGCGCUCGCCUUUGGUUCGCUCGCCCUCGAGGGCAACUACGUCCGUCUCUCCGGCCAGGAUGUCGAGCGCGGCACCUUCUCCCAGAGGCACUCGGUGCUCCACGACCAGGAGAACGAGGGCACCUACACCCCGCUCCAGCACGUCGGCGAGGGCCAGGCGCCGUUCGUGGUCUGCAACUCGUCGCUCUCCGAGUUCGGCUGCAUGGGCUUCGAGCUCGGCUUCUCCCUCGUCUCGCCCCAGAACCUCACCAUCUGGGAGGCCCAGUUCGGUGACUUUGCCAACAACGCCCAGUGCAUCAUCGACCAGUUCAUCGCCUCGGGCGAGCGCAAGUGGCUCCAGCGCACCGGCCUCGUCCUCAACCUGCCCCACGGCUACGACGGCCAGGGUCCCGAGCACUCGUCCGCCAGGAUCGAGAGGUUCCUUCAGCUCUGCGACGACCAUCCCUUCCGCUUCCCUACACCCGAGAAGAGCAACAGGCAGCACCAGGACAGCAACAUGGCCGUCGUCUACUGCACCACCCCCGCCAACUACUUCCACGUGCUCAGGAGGCAGGUCCACCGCGAGUUCCGCAAGCCGCUCGUCAACUUCUUCUCCAAGAGUCUCCUGCGUCACCCCGAGGCCAGGUCCAACCUCGAGGACUUCCUCCCCGGUACUGGCUUCCAGAGGUUCAUCCCUGAGCCGCAUGCCAACGAGGGCAAGGACGAGCUGGUUGCACCGGACCAGAUCAAGCGUCACAUCCUGACGUUUGGUCAGACCUACUUUGCGCUGCUCAACCACAGGCGCGAGAACAACAUCAAGGACGUGGCGAUCAGCAGGAUCGAGCAGCUUUCGCCGCUUCACUACGAGGCGAUCGUUCAGGCGCUCGACAAGUACCCCAACGCCGACCUCGUCUUCUGCCAGGAGGAGCCCCUCAACAACGGUGCCUGGAGCUACGUCCAGCCCAGGCUCAGGACCGCCUGCAGGCAUACCCAGCACCACAAGAACGACAUUGUCAUCCUCGCCAGCAGACCCCCCAGCUCCUCCGUCGCAACCGGCUCCAAGGUCGCUCACAAGGCAGAAGUCGAGGCGUAUCUUCGCGACGCCUUCGACCUCAACCGCAAGGCCUCCGACGAGGGUCUCUAA